CCUUCAAAGCCUCUUACAUUCCAGUAGAAAACUCUCUCUACAAGUCCUUAACUUUGUUCACUCAUUCCAGGAAGGUGCUUCAACUCUGGAUCUUCACACGGAGCCCGGCUUUCCCAGUGUGCUUUCCCAGUCGUCCUGGGCCGACACGGGAGUUCCGCUUCCUGCCAAAAACCUGAUGUUCAAAGACGGCCUCUUGUCAGAGUGGAGUGGACGCUCGCCUUCCUCCUUUCUCCUUGCGAAUCUCCACCUGCAGUAAUUUGAUUACACCAUUGAUUGCUCACACGUUCUGCCUUUUUCUUUCUUGACAUUGGCUUUACAGUGUCAGCCACCAAGAGCAUCCUCUGCUGCGGUGCCGCCCGUGCUCGCUAUAGGAAGUGCUCAGAGCCUGCCGGUUUUCCGAAGGAAGCCGUAGUGUUGCACGUCUUACUGCAGUGCAGCCCAGUGCUCUUCAGCAGCCAGCACCGCGUUUUUACCUUGAGACAAUCUGCAUUUCUUUUCUAAAACUAAGGAUGUACUUUAUAGGUUCUAGGUGACUGUUAGGUUUAUAAGCAGUCACUCUGAAUAUUGCAGUGUAGUUUUCUAGGUUAGUUUCUCAGACAUAAACCUGGUUUAAUUUUAUAUUUUGUUAUCUACACUAAGGGGAUCCCAGGAGGAGAUGGAACUCUUCCUCCGACAGGUAGUCCCGCUGGAAAGUGGCAAGUGUCCAGCAGUGAGAGGUCUGUACCAGGGCAUUAAGGGUUCCUGUGGAUGUCUGUGAAUUAUGUAUGCCAAGUGAACAGGAUUGGGGAAAUGUCAGUCAGCAUGGUGUGUAAGCUUCACCUUGGUUUGUAAGGUCUCAACUGACUAUUCAUUGACAUCUCGUGAAAAAAGCUUUGGAAAACAUUCUAUUUUUAAAUGAUGUUUGUAUGUGGGCUUCUGCUGUCAACUCAACUUUGGGCUUUAUAUUUUCAUAGAGUCUUUAUGGAAAAGUAGAAUUUAUUUUCUACUUGUACUUGAGGCUGUCGCGUGUCUCAUUUUGUCUUGUAGCGUUACCAGUGAACUGUUAGGACAGUUGACUUUGGUUUCCAAGCAAGGAUUGUGGUUGGGAGCUGCCCAGUCGCAGCGUCAGGGCGGUCUUUGGACUCAGCUCCAUGGUAAGGCAAUUGACUGUGCAUACACAGCACCUGGACAAAGCCUGGCACACAGCCCUGAGGGGCAGUGGGAAAGCACUGGCUGGCCUCACGCGCUGCUUCGGGAGGUCGUUCUUUCUCGUCUCAGAUGUCAGGCUUUGUGGAACCACACAGAGGCAUUUCAGGUCACCUCCCUUGGGGGAUUGUGCAGGGUUAGAUUAGCUCCCCUUAGAGGGCAAUGGCUUGCUAGUGUGAAACUAACCGAGCUAACAGGUCUGGCUUCAGGCUGUUUGACAGUGGUUGAGCCUAACAGUUUUGCUGAUGGCCUUUGUUAUUUAUGCAGCUGAUAUUUGUGUAUUUAACAAACUUCUGGAAGUAUAUGCCUUUCUUGGAACCAUUCUAGUGGCCAUGCAUUUAAUACCCAUGGCCUAUCUGUAGAACUGAGGAUUUUGGACCAGGUUACUUGUAACACAGUUAGUGCUGUGUUUGGGGUAAAUGCAGUAAUGUUUAGUUUUGUACUUUGUCUUGUAUAAGGUGUGUAUGUCAGGUUUGUCUGUAAAGGAAAAGUACGUAGUAACAUUAAACGAUCUCUAUGACUGUGAAACACUCAUUAGUGCAUUCCCAGGGCUGCUGGCUGUGUGUAUGUUUAACUUUACAGCUCCCACUGAAAGUUGUAUUUCAUUUGAUCAGGGCUCUUUAAUCUCACUUUAUUUUGCUUUGUUUGAGUUAACUGUGGUAUUUAUCCUUGUAUUAGCAGUUGAGCACCAACUCUAACGACAUGUACACUAAUAAAGAAUUGAACAGUUGUAGUUACAA